UACUGUGGAAGGCCAAUGUCAGCAUGGAUGGAUCUACGAUAUUCGCGAAGGUGGAUCAACGUUGGUUACAGAGUGGGACCUCGUGUGUGGCAAGGAAUGGCUAGCGGCCAGCGCACAAGCUAUAUACAUGCUGGGUUUUCUGGUGGGAUGCAUCAUACCUGCAUAUCUGGCUGACAUGAAAGGAAGAAAGUGGACGUUCAUGGUCACAUCUAGCGUGUUUGCGGUAAGCGCCACCGUAGCUGCGUUCUCUCCUAACUUCACAUGGUUUCUGCUCUUUCGGUUCCUCAUCGGAGCGUCUGGAUCCGCAGCCGUUAACAGUAUCUAUAUCUAUGCGCUAGAGAAUGUUGGACAACAAUACAGAAACCGUGUGACAAGCGGAGUCGGAGCUGCCUACUGUCUGGGAUACGCACUGGAUGCCCUGUGUGCUUAUAUCUUUCGCGAUUGGCGUCACCUUCAGCUAGCCAUAUCUGUGUGUCUAUUCCUGCUGCCCUUGUGGUAUUUUGCGAUACCAGAAUCUCCUCGUUGGCUCUACGCUGAAGGUCGAGUAGAUGACUGCGAUAAGGCGCUACGUAGAGUCGCAAAGACAAACAAGACAUCGUAUCCAGAUCAUGUGCAGCUUAAACUAGAUGCGAAGAAACAUAUGAUUGUCACCGCCGAUGGCUCUGCUAGAGAACCCAACUUCACCGACAUAUUACGAACUCCGAAUAUGAGGAAGAAUUCCAUUAACCUGAUGUAUCAAUGGUUUGUGGUGUCUAUGGUUUAUUACGGCUUGGCCAUGAAUUCUGCUAACCUCGGCACGGACCCGUACCUUAGCUUCGCUGCUGCUGCGUUAGUAGGUCUUCCUGGCAAGCUGUUUGGAGCAAUUAUUCUCAAAUACCUGGGACGGAGGUUGUCUUUAUCAGGAACUAUGUUGCUUGCAGGAAUCACCUGCCUCGUAACUGCAUUACCGUGGCCAGCACACUUGAAUUGGGUCAUUGUUACUUUGGCGACAAUUGGUGUGUUUGCAUCGACGUGCACAUACGGCAUUUGCUACCUGUACAGUGGUGAACUGUAUCCCACAGUGAUUCGCAACAUUGGACUUGGAAGCAACUCUACAUGGGCACGCGUGUCAGCAAUUCUAGCUCCUUAUGUUGCUUUACUGGGUAUGUAUAGACGUGAGUAUCCCCUGCUCAUCUUUGGAGUGCUGGCCAUCUCAGCAGGCAUAGCAGCCCUCUUUCUGCCAGAAACAAAAGACCGAGAGCUACCGGAAACAUUAGAAGAUGGCGAAAACUUUGGAAAGCACCAGAAAUUCUGGACACUGCUACCACAGACGCCAGCAAAUGCCAAUAAGAAGCACAGUAGCGCGAUAGCACCUAUCUAACAACUAGUGGUCUACUCUUUGUGCUGCUGGACCUGAUACUGGUGGUCCGGAUGAUGAUGCUCCUAAUGAUGAUUCUGUUGCCCAUGCCAUUGCUACUGCUACUUACAACAGGUUUAGCUAUUGUAACCUGCUGCUGCUGUUGUUGAUGAUGAUAGUGGUGAUGGUGGUAAUGCUAUUCUAUUGGCACUGUUGCUACUAAUCGUACGGUGUCCGCUUUGUUGCUGCAACUACAAUUCUACUACCUAGUCUAGGCCAGUUGAAGUAUAUAUGUACUUGCCACGUUUACGGAUCUUAGGAUGAAUACAGCUCUACUACAGAACCAUUAGUAGCUCGUAGUCCAUUACUCGGAUAUCAUAAUUACAAGAACCUCACAGCGAUACUAAUGAGGAAAAUGCGGGUAUUCGUGUUAAUUAAGCUGCCAUCAAACCUUUGUUGGUUGUAUAUAUUUUAAGCCGCAGCACGUGUUACAACACGUAUACAAAUAGUGAUCAGAAGUUUUGUCGACCUCUUGAAAUUGUGUGACUCUACAUGCUCACCACAAUGCCAUAACGCAUACCAGAAUUUGCAGAUCGAGAUUACCGUAUUUGAACAAUCAAUGUAUCUCUUUUCACGUAUGAUAUACACAUUAUUGACUGAUCGCGAAGUUUAUAUUUGUUUUAUUGAUACCAGAGAACUGGCAUGAGCCUUUAUGCGCUAGUUGAGUAAGCAGUCGAUUGUUCGUACACCCCUGCUGAUUUUUGUUCACUUUUACCUAACUUUCACAAUCAAGGGCAUGCGUUGUACGCAUAUAUGCAUAGCAGCUACUAAAGUGGUCGUAUUGAUGUUAUCAGGUGUGUCAUAAUAUAGACUAUAUGUAGUCUAUAUUAUGACACUCCUGAUGUUAUCAUAUCGGUUUAAAGUUAUGGGCCACAAAGCCCUGAUAAUUAAUAGCUAUCUAAAAAUAUUAUAGUGCUAUGUCAGAAGACAUAUUACGGACCUUAUAUGCCAGACUAUAUUUGAGGUUUAGAGGUUACUUUACGACCCCGUUCAUAGUAUCCUGAGGAGCAUUUUUAUUCCUUGUGUAAACAAAGGAGCUUUGUUACUUACUAAUUGACAUAAUACUAUAGGGAAUGAGUUGUUGUUGCUCAAAACAGAAAGCUAGUGAUGUGGUUUUGUAUCAAACACGCACUGAUGCAUACACACGUAGGAGCGCAAACACAUAUACGCACAUACCCGGACGCAACGCACGCUUACACUCACACUCACACACACACGUACACACACGACA